UUACCGGACAUGCGCAGUUAUAGAAGGAUAGUUAAGCGGAUCGGAGUAACGGUAGAUGAAAUAUAUUUGAAUUUAUAACAUCAAAGAAAUAUAAUUAUGGCUGAAUCUGAAGUAGCUGAGGGAAACUUGUCGUCCAUUGUUGCUAAACAUUAUAACGAAUUAGAAGAAUCUGGAAAAGAUGCAAGAACUACUUGUCGCAUAUAUUAUUUACGUAAUUUUAAUAAUUGGAUUAAGAGUAUGCUCAUAGGUGAAUAUCUUCAAAAAGUUCAAGAAACAAAUAGACAUGAUGGAAAAAUAUCUGUACUAGAUAUAGGAGCUGGUAAAGGAGGAGAUCUUCUUAAAUGGAAAAAAGGAAGAAUAAAUCAUUUAGUCUGUGCAGAUAUAGCAGAAACGUCGUUACAGCACUGCCAGCAGAGGUAUCGAGACAUAAAAAGAAGCAGUAAACGAUUUGGUGAUCCCGAACCUUUCACCGUGGAAUUCAUUCCUGCAGAUUGCACUAAAAUUAGACUGAAAGAUCAUUACCAAGAUCCCAACAUCCUAUUUGAUCUCGUCAGUUGUCAGUUUACAUUCCACUACUGUUUUGAAAGUGAAAGUCAAGCAGAAAGAAUGAUUCAGAAUAUUAGCGAAUGUUUAAGGCCCGGCGGUUACUUUAUCGGGACCACUCCCGACGCUUACGACAUUGUGAGGCGGAUUCAAAAUUCAGAAGACCUACAGUUUGGAAGCGACAUAUUCUCCAUUAAGUUUGAAUCCAAAGACAAAUUUCCAUUGUUUGGAGCUCGUUACACGUUCUAUUUGGAAGGUGUUGUCGAUUGCCCUGAAUUUUUAGUUUAUUUUCCACUUUUUGAAUAUUUAGCAAAACAGCAUGGUUUAACUUUAGUUUAUAAGAAGCGAUUUGAAGAUAUGUUUAAUGAAUACGAAAAGACUGACAGAGGGAGGUUUCUUCUUCGACGAUUACCUGCUUUAGAGUCGUUUCCACCGUAUGACGAUAAAAAAUUGAUGGGAGAAGAAAAAAAUUACGAGUUUGCCCAGAAGAAGAGAGAGGAAAUUGAAGCGGAAGAAAAACAGAAAAACAGACCAAGUGCAGUAAAAUUGGGAACCCUAUCUCAAGCGGAGUGGGAAGUGGCAACUCUAUACAUUGCCUUUGCCUUCAGGAAAGAUCUUCCUAAAGCAUAAAAAGUCUUCAAAUGUAGUCCUCUAGUUCAAUCUUUUCUAUAAUUGUCCUUUGUUAUAUAGUCGUCAAUAAAUGCUUGAAAAUGUUCGUUUUAAUACUAAAAACGUAACGGACUCCAUUUUUUUUUACUCGAUACAUCAAUUGAGUAUAACAACUAUCCUUUCAAUUAUGACACUGUAGUAUACACUAGUUUUAUAUGUUAAGUGGAACCCUAUUUCACUGUGAAAUUCCUCAUUCUACUUAGACUGGUAUGCACUCUGUCUUUGAGUUCAGAACUGUGGAUGAUUAUAAUGGCAUCGUACUUCUGGCUACUUUAGUGGGGGUAAGGUCAGAUAAAAAAAAAUACGAUAUAGAUACAUGCUCACUGGAAAAAUUUCAAUUUGAGUCAUAUUAAUUUAACUCAACACAAAAGCAAUAAUACUAUUUCUUAGCCCUUAUAGAAUUCUCUAUGCUCGAAAAGACAGAACAGAUGACAUACUUAAAUGGGAUUAUCCGGUGCACUGGCCACAAUACAUUCCAGCUCUUUUAGUUUAGAUGAAUGUCAUCCUUGAUUUAGAAGUUAAAUUUUCCAGGAAAGUCAAAAAGUACUAUGAUUAGGAUGAUUAGGGAUAGUUCGAGCCCAAUUUUCUCCUUCAAUUUUAAUCAGAGUUGCCAAAGACAAAUUCGAGACAUUUUCAGUUAGAGCAUGCCCGGUAUCGGCUGGGGUUUGUUCGUAAUUGUACAAAACGAGCCCCUUCUCGUUCAAAACCACUCGCAAUCCAAAACUCCAACCGUUUCUAGACAAAUUUUAAGAAAUUAAUUAGUUAAAACAACAUAAAUGCAUGUGUAAAUAAAAAAAAAUUGUCGAAAGUUGUAAUAAAACUUUUUUAUAAAGUAAAAUCGAAAAAUUACACUUAUCUAUC